AUGAUCUCCAACACUAGCAGCAUCCAAUUGAUGGCUCCGACGCAUUCUCUGGAAAAGCGUGUCAAUGAUUACAUGCGUCCCUUCCACACGGCGACCUGCCAGGAACACUUGAUUGGGGCGCUGCAGCAACUGCCCAAAUCGCCCACAUUUCCGCAGGAAGAGUCCACCAUUCGAGAACAAGUCGCUCUCCGAUUGCUGCAAGAAGUCAUUGUCAUGGGAGCCCAAGAACAGGAAGCACUCGAUGCCUGUCUCGUGGCAUGUGGACCUCUGGAAGCUCUCUCGGCAUGUGCCACGACGCUGCAAGAAAUUGCCCAAAAGUACAACCAAAAGUCGUCCAAAAAGAAGAAAAGGGCUGCUUCGUCUGUAGAAUCGCCGUCCAUUUUGGAAACCGCACUGAGAACCAUUCGACGCUGGCUCGUCAAGGGAGUCAGUUUCCCACCCGACUAUGAUCCCACCAAUGGAUACGAAGAACGAUGUUGGGUAGAACAGGUCACCCUCACGCUCUCCAGUCACCUGUCACGCUAUAACACCAACAAUCAGCACUACAACUACAACUACAAUCAGCAGCAACAGAAUGCACAGAGUGCUAGGAACCAGGAGUAUCUAUCGCCCAUCAUUCAAGCGUGUCUGGAAUCCUUGACCAAACUGGUGCUCCUGUUUCCCGUACAAAUAUCCAAUGCCUGUCAUGCAUUGGCAGUGCAGUUACCUACUUGGGCCAUUGGCUCGCGGUACAAUCCACGCCUCAUUGAAGGAGCCAUUAGUAUGGCACUCUAUCAACAAGAAAUUGAAGGAUCUUCCUAUUCGGCAUCCUAUUUCAAACUACUCGUACAACACAUGGUCCGCAGUCGCAAUCCCGACGACGUCGCUUUGGGACUCUACAAGUACCACGAACGACACUACCGUUCUCACGAUUCCACCAACACCAGUACCAGUGCAAUACAGCACCAACAACCCAAGGCACUCUGUCAUUUGCUACUCCAACUGCAUCGACAGACACUCUCGCCACGAGAAUCCGCUCAAUUGCUGCGCAGUGUCACCAUUUCCAGCAUUCCAAGACAAUCUCAUGCCACCAAGAUUGCCACUACACAAUUGACCGAACUAUGGCAACGACACUUGUACCCGUACAUGGAGCUGUCCUGUCGACCCAUUCUAGUGGCGUCGCGACGGGUUCGAGAAGCAUUUGGUCUUUUGUCUUUGAGAGCGGACUUGGGGGGAGUCUUGGCUCCCUGA